AUGUGGUCUGGCAGCGGGACGGACAGCCCCUGGAGUACGCCGACACCAACCAAAUACAGGUUCCUGUUGCUUCACGUAGCUGGAUGGUUAUCAGCACACUCAGGAUAGAGAAGGUGCAGCUACCUGACAUGGGUUCCUACCGCUGUGCUGUGAUGUCAGAGGGACACCAAACUCUGUCUGUAGCAGGACACAUUCAUCUAGAAGGUCUUCCUCAUUUCUCUGUGGAGCCUCAGCACCAGUCGGUGGUAGCCAAUGUGUCUCUGAGUCUGCACUGUGUGGCCCACGGCCCCCCGGAGCCCGUCAGAGUCAUCUGGCUGCAGGACGGGGCCCCUCUAAACUCUCUGCAGGACCAUGUUGCCCUGUCCCCCUCUACAGUCAAUAUAACAGGUCUGAACAGAACCAGUACUUUCUCCUGUGAGGCGCACAACCGUAAAGGAGUGGCGACAUCAGGCUCUGGGACCAUCACAGUCCUGCCAUCCCAGCCCCAGAGAGUCAGGGCUGUUGACGUCACCAACUCUAGCCUGCUCCUCUCCUGGGAACCUGGCUUUGGAGGAGUCUAUCCUAUAACCCACUGCACCAUACAGGUAAUUACCCAUAACCCACUGCACCAUACAGGUAAUUACCCAUAACCCACUGCA